UUGAUUGGUCAUUGAAAAUCUGUUCUCAGUCUGAAAUAUUAUUGAUGUAAUUAUUUUCUUUGUUGACCUCAGGGUGAAUGUGGAGAUGAUGUUCAUGAGGCAUUUUCGGCAGACUGGAGGCCUGCUGGUCCCAAUAAAAGGUCUUCCGAGGGUUCUUGUUCAAUUAUUAGAGAUAAACUUAUUCCUAAUGGGUCCGGGCAACAGCCAAAUCAUUCACUGAUAACCUCAAAGUCUCAAGUCUGUUUGCCACCAUAUAGGGCUCGUAGACACAAUAUGGCACACUUGGUGAAAUUAGCGCUAGACUUGCCUCCGGUUAGUCUCCCACCAUCUGUUCGUAUAAUUUCACAGUCAGCUUUCAAAAGUGUCCAGUGUGGAUCAUCUGCCAGUGUUUCUGUCACUGGUAGUGGUGUCGGCUGUUCUGGACAAAAAAGUAAAGCCCUUCUAAUAUCUCCUCUUGCAAGGUUGAGAGCUCCAAAUUUAAUAAAAACUGGAAGAGAUAAAAGUAAUUCAGUGAAAGAUAAUGUCAGAAAUCUGCAACUUGAAGUAUCUCAUGUUGCUGAGGACGGAAGAGGCGCUGAGUCAGAUCUUCAGAUGCAUCCUUUAUUGUUCCAGGCCCCUGCAGAUGGACGUCUGCCAUAUUAUCCUCUGAACACUGGCACUGGUACAACCAGUUCUCUUAGUUUCUUUUCAGCUAACCAGCCUCAACUUAAUCUGAGUCUUUUUCACAAUCCCCGCCAAGUUAGUCAUGUUGGUUGCUUUAAUGAAUCCUUGAAGACCAAAGAGUCUUCCUAUACAGCAUCAUCUGCCAUUGAUUUUCACCCACUUUUGAAAAGAAAUGAGAAUGCAAAUGUUGAUUCAGUGACUGCACCCUCAACUGUAAGCAGAUCUAAUGAGAAAACUAAUGAACUGGACUUGGAGAUCCAUCUUAGUUCAUCAUCCACAAAGAAGAGAGCUUUAGGAAACAAGGAUAUGACUGCACAGAAUAUUGUGCAGUCAGAAAAGAAUGCCGUAGAUUCUGGACAGAGCACGGAAACUCAACAUACUAACAGUAUACAAUACCACUGUGGUGACAAUUACAGCAGGGACAUUUUAAGUGGUCAAUUGUCUGAUGUACCAAGCACUAGAAACAUUGAUGAUAUUGGUGAUUAUUCCAAUCCUGGGAUUGUGAUGGAACAGGAAGAAUUAAGUGACUCUGAUGAAGAAAUUGAAGAACAUGUCCAGUUUGAGUGUGGGGAGAUGACUGAUUCUGAAGGAGAGGAGGGUUCAGGCUAUGAACAAAUUCCUGAAAUGCAAGAUAAGGAGGUUCAAGAUAAUUUAGAGGAAAAUGCAAGAGAUGGAGAUGCUAAUGAUCAGCGGCAUGAACCAAGGAGUCCUCCUGUUGGUAAGGGCAAUGAUUUGGUUCCUGGAAACGGUUCUUCUUUCUUAAAGCUGGGAUUGAUUACCAUGGAGAAGGAAACUACAAGCAGUUCAUGGUUAAGUUUAAGUUCAUGUGCAGCAGGUCAUCCUAUGCGCACAAAACAUAAGAAUGCAGAGGGAACAAUCAGUGAAGGCCUUGCUGCUAAAGAUAUUACUUCUACUGUUAACAGAUCCUUCAAGAAGACAACCCCCAACACAAAAAAGGUUUCAGAACAGAAGGAUAGCACAGACGUGGCGCAACAACUCAGCCUGAGUCCGACCGGGAGGAAACCAAGGAGACGUGUGCCAAACUAGAAAUAUUUCUAUGAUAAAACAUGAGUUUUGCUAAAGUGAUGUUUAGAUAUUGGCUACCAGUCUUUGUCAUCAUCUAUCCCAAUUGGCUAAUGAGUUCUUGGAGCCGAAA